AUGUCUGACUCCGUCACUCCCCAGACCCCUUCCCACUUCGGUGAGAACAAGGGCAUCAAGUUCACCUUCAAGACUGGCAACGCCCGUUACCAAUGUGUUCUCCAGGACCGCGCUCACUACGAGCGUACCAAGGCUUCUCGCCAGAACUCUACCGACUCUGUCUCCUCAAACGAGUCUAUCAAGACUGAGAAGUCUUCCCACUAA